AUGACGAACAACGCGAAUAUCGAUGUUCAGCAGCUCAACAGUAACAACAGUCCGAAAUCCUCCUCAAAUAUCAUGAUAGGAGGAGGAGGCCAGAAGUUUUUCGCCUCGAAAUGGCUGACGUUACUUCUGUCUCAGUUGGUGAUGGUCUCCUCGGGCGCCUUGUAUUGUUUCCCUUUAUACUCGCAAACUAUGAAGGAGAGAUUAAAUUUGACGCAAGAGCAGUUGACGUUUAUUGGUACGUGUGGGAAUUUCGGGGCGUUCUUCUCUGUUUUAGGCGGGAUGUAUUUCGAUCGAUUCGGGAGUAAAGCGACGUUGUUCUUGGGAGGAACGUGUAAAGUGAUUGGGUUCGGAAUGACGACGAUGAUUUUACGAGGGAUUAUUUUUCCGCAAACAGUGUUUUUCUCGAGCGUGGCUGCGUACAUUAUGGGGACGGGUUGCUCGACGAGCUUGACUGCCGCGUUGGGGGCGAAUUACGCGAAUUUUACGGACAAGACGCAACACGGGAGAUUAGUCGGUUUAAUCAUGGCAUUUUUUGGUUUAUCGAGCGGCGUUUUUAGUAUAGUUUUUGACGUGUUUUUCAUGAACACCACCGCCGGAAGUGAUAUUGGGAAGAAUAGCGUAGCGUUCGUGCAGUUCUUGGCAGUUUUUUGCGGCGGCGUUGAUAUUUUAUGUUCCACUGUCGUCGGCGUUCCGAGAGGAUUCGCUUUGCCGUCUUCAUCCGCUUUGGAUGAAAUAAACAGUAAUAACGCUAUGAAUAUAAAUAACGAAAGUAGUAGGAGUGUAGGGUCGAUGACGGACGAUGUUAAACGAGCAUUUGUCACUGGAAAUUUAACUGUCGACGAUCGUUUGCGUUGGAGCUUGACGAUUACGGCAAUAGGCGCGGUACACGUCGCGGUUUCAGGGUACUUGGCGCACCAAUUUGGAUCGCAAGCGACGUCCCCGCUUGCGUUGUUUAUUUUUGCGUGCAUCGCGUACUCGUUGUAUCGCGUGACGAUGUUAGGCACAAACUCGUUAUUACAUCAUAAGAGUGAAUUAGUCGCCGCGAGUUCGGUGGUUUCGACGGAUCAAAAGUCGUCGGAAAUGAAAUCGAUGGACGACGUAGAAAAUCCGCAAGGUACUAAUAGCAACGCUUCAAGCAGAAUGACAAACUUGUCACCGACAGAGGUUUUACAGGAGAUGAACUUUUAUUUACUCUUCGUCGCACUCAUGUUCUCGCUCGGGUCUGGCGUCACGGUGAUUAACAACUUGACGCAAAUCGCGAAAGCAUUCGGAGAGAAUUUGCCGAGUUCGAUGCCGUUGACGCUUCUGAAAAUGUUUGCAUGCACAAACACGUUAGGUCGAUUACACGCUGGUUAUUGGAGCGAUAAGUUAUCCAAGCGACCUUUGGAUGGUAGCGGCGUGAAAGAAUCGCAUUCAUCGCGAAAGCUACGCACUUUGGGAGGAUCUUCUUCGAAUAUCGUUUCGAGCUUUAUGUCAAACUUUGACACCUCCGGGCGCGUCGGUCGCGUUCGGUUUACGUCGUUUUUAAUCGUCGGCGCAUUUUUUGGUAUGAUUGCGUGUUGGACCGCGUCGGAGGAUAUGCCGAGUAGUGCUUUAGCUUUGACUUUAACCACUGGAUGUGCAGUCACAGGUUGGUUUUACGGCGCUUUGUUUUGGUCCAUGCCGACGGUGACGAUUGAUGUCUUUGGACCGAAACAUUUCGGCGCCAACCGAGGUUUGGUUGGUUUAGCGCCCGCUCUUGGUGGGUAUCUCAUGAGCACAAAGAUAGCAGGUGCGGUGUAUCAGUACUCCGCCGUUUUUGAUGAAGGAUGGAAGUGCACGUCCGGUCGCGUGUGUUACGCGCAGGCUUUUUUUAUCAAUACGAUUCUCGUAGUCAUCGCGUAUUGCUCGGUUUUACUUUUGUGCAGAAGAAGAAACGAAUGA